GUUUUUCUUACUUGAGUGGGUUUUUUUUUUUUUUUUUCUUUUUCUUUUUUGUUUUGCUCUUUCUUUGCCUUCUCUUACACCUCAUCAGUUUCUUCGAUUUGUUGAUCUGCUUGCCGGACAUGUUGGUCUCGAUCUUACCUUUUAACGGCCACUGAAAAUCCAAGAAAGAGAGAGACAGUGAGUGAGAGAAGAAAAGAGUGAUCUGUUUGAAUUUGUGAGCCGGGUUUCGGUUUGAGAAAGAUGGAGAGUGAAAGAUAAAGAAUUCGAGCGUGUUUCUUUAGUGGUGUUCGUGGGCGUGACUCUGAUUUGGUUGGAUUUGAUAUGGGUGGGUGUUUUCCUUGUUUUGGAUCAUCCAACAAGGAGGGAAGUGGUGUGAAGGAAGUGGCCAGGAAGGAUUCUGUUAAAGAAGGCUCAGCUGCUCAGUCUCAUCAUGUAAAUAGAGUUAGCUCGGAAAAAUCAAAAUCUCGAAGUGGUUUGGAUCCUAAGAAGGAACCAGUCAUUCCAAAAGAUGGACCAACUGCUCAUAUUGCUGCACAAACAUUUACAUUUCGAGAGCUUGCUGCAGCAACAAAGAACUUUAGGCCAGAAUGUUUGUUGGGUGAAGGAGGGUUUGGACGUGUUUAUAAAGGUCGGUUGGAGAGCACAGAACAGGUAGUGGCUGUGAAACAGCUUGACAGGAAUGGCCUUCAAGGAAAUCGAGAAUUUUUAGUGGAGGUUCUCAUGCUUAGCCUCUUACACCAUCCAAACCUUGUCAACUUGAUUGGCUAUUGUGCAGAUGGAGACCAACGUCUCCUUGUUUAUGAGUUUAUGCCGUUAGGAUCCUUGGAGGAUCAUUUACAUGAUCUUCCUCCAGACAAGAAGCCUCUGGACUGGAAUACAAGGAUGAAGAUCGCAGCGGGUGCAGCCAAGGGGCUGGAAUAUUUGCAUGAUAAAGCAAAUCCUCCUGUGAUAUACAGAGACUUAAAAUCAUCCAACAUCCUUCUUGAUGAGGGCUAUCACCCUAAGCUUUCGGAUUUUGGGCUUGCCAAACUGGGUCCUGUUGGUGAUAAAACUCACGUGUCCACACGUGUCAUGGGGACUUAUGGUUAUUGUGCUCCAGAAUAUGCCAUGACAGGCCAACUCACUCUUAAGUCUGAUGUGUACAGUUUUGGGGUUGUCUUUCUCGAACUUAUAACAGGGCGCAAGGCAAUUGAUAAUACCCGUGCGCCUGGAGAGCAUAAUCUUGUUGCAUGGGCACGACCACUUUUCAAGGAUCGUAGGAAAUUUCCCAAAAUGGCUGAUCCUCUACUCCAAGGCCAUUACCCAAUACGAGGACUCUACCAAGCUCUAGCAGUGGCAGCCAUGUGUUUGCAGGAACAAGCAGCUACUAGGCCUCUAAUAGGGGAUGUUGUGACUGCUCUCACAUAUUUAGCCUCCCAAACCUAUGACCCAGAUGCAACUGCUGCUCAAAGUAACAGAGUUGGUCCAUCUACCCCUAGGAACAAGGAGGAACGGAGAAGCAUGGUAGAUGGGCUGGAUAGCCCAGAUGAGGCUGGACGUGGUGGGCGGCAUGGUUCCCCUUCUGCUUAUAAAAAUUCCCCUGAUUUCAGAAAGAGAGACUCAAGGGAAUCAGGUGCUGCUGCAGCACUAGCAAGGAUUGACAUGGGUGGUGGUUCUGGGAGAAAAGCAGGUUUGGAUGAGUUAGAUCGACUUGAAUCUCAGAGAGACAGCCCCAUUAGAAUUGGGAGAGCCAGAGAAGCCCCCAGGAAUCGCGAUUUAGAUAGAGAACGAGCUGUGGCAGAGGCAAAAGUAUGGGGUGAGAAUUGGAGAGACAAGCGGGCCAAUGUGAUGGGUAAUUUCGACGGUGCAAAUGAGUAAUGCACCAAAACUCUCGACGGUUUGGAGUCUUCUAGGGAAGAAAUGAAGCAUAUCAUUCUUGUCUUAUAUCAUUGUUGUUGCGCAAGGAAACUCAAGCAUGCAAUAAUAUACAAGGAAUCAUAGUUGAAAGUGGUGGAUCAGGGGAGGGGUUCAGCUUGUGAUUGGGGCAUUUAUGGGUAAAAAGUGGGCGGAAUGAUGCCUAGAACAUGUCCAAGUUAUGUAUUUAGGAAAUUCAGAAAGUCUGUAGAGCAGUGAAGAUGUCUAAUUUUUGCAUCCCCAUAUAUAUUGUCUGCGUAAGUGGGGGAACCUAGUGGGUUUGGUGAGUGUCAUUACAUCUUGUACCUUGAUACAGUUUCGUAUAUGGAUGGAUGUCUUGAGUUAUGUUUUCGGCUUA